GAGCCGCACACCCCGCCUCGUCCCCUCUCUCCCACCCCCUCCUCCUCCAGCCCGCAGCUCCGGCCGAGUUGCCCCAGAGACCGCGACGCCGCCGCGCCGAGGGACCAAUGAGAGCCCCGCUGCUGCCGCCGGCGCCGGUGGUGCUGUGGCUCUUGAUCCUCCGCUCAGCCCAUUUUGCUGCUGGAUUGGACGUCAAUGACACUUACUCUGGGAAAGGGGAACCAUCUUCCGGGGACCGCAGUGCUGAUGGAUUUGAGGUGACCCCAGGAAGCAAGAUUUCCCCUGUGAGUGAAACGCCUUCUGGUAGCGAACUGUCCCUGGGGAUCGACUAUGACUAUGCAGAAGAGUAUGAUAACGAACCACACAUAUCUGGCUACAUCGUAGAUGAGUCAGUCAGAGUUGAACAGGUAGUUAAGCCCAAGAAAAACAAAACAGAGAGUGAAAAGACUUCAGAUAGACCCAAAAGAAAGAAAAAGGGAGGCAAAAAUGGAAAAAAUAGAAGAAACAAAAAGAAGAAAAAUCUGUGUGAUGCAGAAUUCCAAAAUUUCUGCAUUCAUGGAGAAUGCAAAUAUAUAGAGCCCUUGAAAGCAGCAACAUGCAUAUGUCAUCAGGAUUACUUUGGUGAACGGUGUGGGGAAAAGUCCAUGAAGACUCAUAGCCUGAUUGACAGUGAUUUAUCAAAAAUUGCUUUAGCAGCCAUAGCUGCCUUUGUCUCUGCUGUGAGCUUCACAGCAAUUGCUGUUGUUAUUACAAUCCUGCUUCGCAAACGAUACUUCAGGGACUGCGAGGGAGAAGCUGAAGAGCGAAAGAAACUCCGACAAGAAAGUGGAAAUGCACGUGCCGUAGCAUGACUGGAGGCCACAUUACAGGGUAUCAGAUCGGAGUCGCUGUCAGGUCGCAACCAUGAGUGAUGAGUUGGUGUCUCUUUUCAGUGGAUCACAAGAAAACAGAACCUUUUUGUUCUGAUGGUUUUAAACUUUCAAUUGUCAGUUUUUAUGAUCUCUUAUUUCUGUACAUAAAGAUGCAUGCAGAUAAAAAGUAUUUUUUCAAGUUGUAAAUAAUUUAUUUAAUAUUUAAUGGAAGUGUA